GCUUCUGGAGGGUUUGCCUUUAUUUCUUCCGGUUCUUUUGUUGUGUCGGCUGCCGCGAGUUUUGAUGCAGGUAUCCCCCACCGAGCUGGAGAACCUGCUCUUGGAGAUCGACGGUGUAACCGAUGCAGCAGUAGUGGGAGUCCCCGACGCCCUAGCUGGGGAAGUCCCCAAGGCUUUCGUGGUGCUCAAACCUGGAGCUGAAGUGACCGAAGAAAUCAUCCACCGAUUCAUAAAUGGUAAAGUGACGCAUUACAAGAAACUGGUAGGCGGAAUUAAGUUCGUCGACGCUAUUCCCAGAAACCCCAGUGGGAAGAUUUUGAGGAACGAAUUGAGGGUAUUGAACUGUUAAUGUUGUUUAUAUUAUAUUAAGUAUAUACGCUAAGGAAAAUGUAGCGAAUGAGAAGAGCUGCAUUAGGUUAGAAUUAUAGCAUAAAUAUAUGUAUGUUGUUAAUUGCUGGAUAUCAUUUGUAUAUUUCAUUGUUGUUCAAAAGACAAAACUAUAAUUCCAAGUUAAUUACCUAUAUCGGUGUAAGCUACAGUUGCUCAAGGUCACAAUAUAAAGUAUAAAUCUGAAAAAUGAUCUAGAAAGACACUAGUUAUAAUUGCAAUAUUAUACCUGGUGUCCGCAAAGUUGGGGUUUUCCUUUUCGGAAACAACUACCCUUGAAAUAACAAAGGUAAUGUGUAGUGAAACGAGGGCGAUCAAGUAAAAAAAAAUAAAGGAAAAAGUACUCACUCUCCAGUUGACGAGGAGGGCUAAGUACGGCUCUGCCCGAAAUCAUACCGCUCCAUCAGAAAGUGAAAUCAGGUAACAAAUAUGACCAUCGUGCAGAAACCACAUUGAUUGUCUUACACUUAAUGGCACAUCUUCUAACAAGGAAGGCAAAAUGUUGCGUAAAAAGUCUAG